AUGAUCGAUGUUAGAAUUUCAUAUAUAGUAUUUACGACCGUGUACUAUAGUAUCAUCGUUUCGGCGAGAUACAAUGAUCCCAAUUGUGGAUGGGCUGAUCAACCUUAUCGUGCUGUUGGUGAUUGGGCUGUUGAUGCUGGAUCUAGUUCGAAUUGGAAUCCUGCUGAGUCAAAAGGUCUGAUGCAUGAUACGAAUGUUCAAUCGUGUGAAUAUGCUGUUGAUGUUCAUGGACUUCAACCGAAUAAAUUGUACUACUGGAAAGUAACGGUUGGAAACUCCUGGGAUGUUCACUGGGGUUGUGAUGGUCGAGGUGGCCCAGACUGUAAAUUCUCAACGUCUACUGGUUCAGUUCGUCUGAAAAUUGUUGGCUCUUUCGCUUAUCCUCUUACGGCCGAAGUGAUCAAUUCACCAACGAAUCCUUCGUCUAGUACUUCAUCACCAGGUACGUCAUCGGGAUUAGGUAAAAAAGUCUUUGCUCAUUAUAUGGUUGGAUUCGCUUAUCCAUCGGAUCAAAACUUCUUUGAUGGUCAAAUUAAGAAAGCGAAAGCAGCUGGUAUUGAUGGAUUUGCUUUAAAUGUUGGUAUUGAUAGCUGGCAACCAGAUCGUGUUGCUAAAGCACUUGCUGCCGCUAAGAAUAACGGUGAUUUCUCGAUGUUCAUCUCAUUUGACAUGUCUUCUCUUACCUUUGACAACGGUGUACUCGCUCGUUUUCAUUUUGCUGCUAGCCAUCCUAAUUACUUCAAAGUCAAUGGUCGACCUCUCUAUUCGACAUUUGCUGGUGAACAUCAAGAUUUAUUUUGGUCAGGUUGGAAAGCUUCCAGCGGAUUGAAUCCGUACUUCUGUCCAAGUUGGCCAAACUAUCCAACUGCUAACUUAUUACAAUCGCAUCCUGUUGCUGAUUGCAUUUUUACUUGGAAUGCUUGGCCUGCCGGUAAUUCCGGUCCGGGCGCCCAUUUCGACACAUCUGGUGAUAAAAAUUUAUUAGCUAGUGCCAGGGCAACAGGUAAAACAUACAUGGCUCCAGUUGCUCCCUGGUUUUACACUCGUGUUUGGGGCUCCGGAUGGAGUAAAAAUUGGAUCUAUGGCUCAGAAAAACUUCUUCCAGAAAGAUGGCAACAGAUCGUGUCUCUACAACCAGAUUUUGUUCAAAUUAUCACAUGGAAUGAUUACUCCGAAUCUUCUUAUGUAUGUUCAAUUAGCAGUGAUUUACCUACAGACAUGGGCGGUAUUAGUGACAUGAUCAACAUUCCACAGCCCAUGCAUCAUGACGCUUGGUUAGAAUUAUCCAAACAUUACAUUCAAUGGUAUAAAAAUAACGCACGACCUACUGUCACUCAAGAUCAAUUCUACUGGUGGUAUCGUGUUCAUCCUAAGAAUAAUGUCAAUGGUGAGACGCCUCAAUAUCGUAAUGAUGCACACGACUGUGUUGUCGUACAUUCCAUUGUUAAAAACACGAAACCCAAUGGAGGAUUCUACACUGUAUUGGUUGAUUUGAAUGGUGUAAAACAUAGUUAUAGAAUUACACAACUCGAACAGACUGAAUGCCUUCCGUAUCCAGCGAAUCCAGGUUACGUGAGCGUUUCAUUAGUCGGUCCCGAUGGUAAAAUCUGGUGGGCCGAAGGCAAGAAUACUCCGCAACAAAAUAGUGGCAAUAAUUUCAACGCUUUUACCAACAUGUACACCUUUCCAAGUCCAUGA